AUGGCAGCAAGUUUUUACCUAUCGUUUGGUCGUAGGCCUGGCCAACACGGCAAUAGCGUUUAUUUGCCUACUGAUGAGGAAGGAUUCAGCCGCCGCGGUGAUAUUCCUCCGAAGUCUAUGGGCCUCAAUAAGGGUGGAGACAAGGGCAACGAGACUGAGGAAUAUAUUGAAUCCAACUACAUGGUGGCGGCGCUCAACAACAACCAUAACCUCGUUGCCGGUGCUCGCGAAGAGGCGAAGCCAAGAAACAUUAAGAUGGGCAAAGUGGAUGGUGGUGUGGCAUCACUGACUGAUCAGUUCGCGGCAGAUAUGGGCAAAGUGGAUGGCGGUGUGGCAUCACUGACUGAUCAGUUCGCGGCAGAUGUAAGUACAAAAUGUAGUUCUUUUGUAUCAAACUGCGCUUGA